AUGGAUCCUCACAAUUUCCAAACUUCAAUUACUUCCAAUGAUUACUUCAAUGGAGACGGACUCGAGUUGGUGAUACCUCAACAAUUGAAUCAUCCUAUGCAAUCAGGACCAAGAUCAUACAAAUCGCGCAAGUAUCGACCCUGUGAUUUCUGUCGAGCCAGGCAAGUAAGAUGCUCAAUAUCUUCCGCCCCGCCUUGUCAAUUGUGUAUAUCUCAUGGGCGGAGUUGCACAUUUGUAGAUCGGCCAAAGAAGAAGAGAAGGCCAAAUCUUGCGGCAAGCAAUGGUGACCUGAGUAGUGGGUCUACAACAUCUCCUUCUACUGCUCCCUUGCAUCAAUAUGAUGUCUCCGCGGUACAACUAAGUCCUACUUUUAUCACCCAAUAUAGUGAACACAAUUUUCAGAGUUUGACUGGCCACGAUGUCUUGGCUGGAUCGACUUCGUCUCCGGAUCAGCAGAUUCUCGUCCAAGAUGCCUCACCAAUAUAUAACUUGGACCCUUAUUUGAACAUGAUGCAAAGCACACGAAUAAGGCCUCUUGAUUCCCAACAUUCAAGAUCUGCUAGAUUUAUUGGGGAAACAGGGGAAUCAAAUCCAUACCUACUGCGCCAUUACCGCUAUAAUGAAAAUGACGAAUGCACAAUAUCGAAAUUAACAUACCGGCGAAUCAGAAACUCCUCAGCGCAAGAUGAUUUCUCGAACCCUAAAGAAGAACCUCCUGUGAUGUUUAUGUUGGCAGAUGAUAGCUUCGCACAGAAGGGAGAGCCAAGAAUAGAUGAAGAUGUUCUAAGUAAAGCAGAAGCAGAUCUUAGGGCCAUGUUCACAGAUCAGGAAGCUCUUCGUCUUAUAGGCCUUUUCUUUCGAUUUGUAUACCCCUAUUUUCCUAUUAUUUCCAAAAGGCAAUCCUUCCAAUCUCCAGGGGUACUCUCACCCACGAUACUGCAUACAUUGCCAUUUUCCUUGUUAUCGGCAAUGUACGCUACGGCUUUACCAUUCAUGUUAUAUGAUGAUUUUCUUUCAACGACUCUUGUACAUUCAUCCCCAUCAGCUUAUGAACUAUUUCGUCUCUCUUGGCUCUUCAUCCAACAAGAACUACACACUCCACGUCUGGCAACAGUUCAAGCAUGUCUGUUACUCUUACAGAGAGCGCCCACAAAUCGAUAUACAAUGGAUACACCUUGGAAAACGAGUCUCGUGGGAUGGACCGUGAGUCUUGCUCAGAUUUUGGGGUUGAUGAAGGAAUGCAGCGACUGGACCAGUAUACCAACAUGGGAAAUGAGCUUGCGAAAACGGCUAUGGUAUGGGGUUUUCAUCAUGGACAAAUGGGCGUCACUGGGCGCCGGUAUGCCAAGUCAUAUCCACGCUGAUGAUUACGACGUCCUCCCGCUUGAAGACAACGACCUUGAAGCAUCAAUCCCCGACCUCAAUCAGGCCAUUUCAGAAUCUGAACCGAAUUCAGAACACUUCCGGUUGCUGACCGAGCUGACCACUAUCCUCAGCGACAUCAUUGAUUCCUACUACACUUUACGAGCAACCCAACGCACAUCCAAAGAUUUCUCGUUAUCACUUGAACUAGCAAGACCCCUUCGCUCACGUCUCAAGGCCUGGAACGAUUCACUACCUCCUUCCAUGUCUCUGCGACAACCCGAGCAUCUAGACUCACGUGGUCUAACUCAAUUAAGCGGGAAUCCAUCACUUUCACUAGCUUACAUAAUUGCAACCAUGACAUUGUUCCAAGCUCUCCUUCGACCCUUGGAGAAUCUGACUAGUUUAGAAGAAGACGCAACGAUGUGUAGCUGUCAAGCUGUACGAGCCGGUGCUAGAGAGUGCGCCAAGGAAGUCGUUGAAUUCGUGGAGAAUCUCGGGAGGGGGGCUUUAGAUGCCUUUUGGCAUUCUUGGUCCCGUGCAAAUUUCUCAAUAGCAUCGUCAUUUUUAAUGCAACUCCUCGUGACAUCCGAGAAUGAAAGCGAAUCGGCGGAAAUCAACGAAUUGGUGACUCGUUGGCGUUGGGCUAUGAGGAUUGGCAGCGGUAAUGCUGGGAAUGGACUCAUGAGUUUAGGGCUACUGAGAUUGGAUGGUUUGUUACUGAAGAAUGGUGGUGCGGAGGUGGGCGUGUGA